UUAUGAACAUUUAAAUUAGGGAGAAAGCUCUCAGAGCGCCGUGCGAAAUGAAUUGCUUGCAGGACUUCAAAGUGUUGCUCGGCUAAUGAAGUGAGGGAGAUUUGCAUAUGGCUUUAAUCAGCUGCAUACUGAUUAUGCUUUAUUACGGCGCUGGCAGCCGCUUCGCUUCUGUUCCGUUCCAGAAUGAAAACGAACUUCUUCACACUCUAGUUGUUAUGACAAUCAUGGCACAGCGAGAGUGAGAGAGAGAGCAAGCAAGCAAGCCGGAGAGACUGAGAGAAAGGCAGCCACAGUUUCAGUGAAGCUUAGCUCUGCUCUGCUCUGCACGUGUGUUGUUUUUCCACUCCAAACCGUUUAGUUACACAGAGACUUCUUUGCUUUUGACGGUUGUCUGCGAAAGGGGUGCUAAGUUUGUUGUGAUGCUCGUAGAGACGCUUGACAAGGCAGGUGCAGCAACUGCUGAUUCUAGAAUGAGUAAUCCAUCGGAAACAAGUAAAUGUGCAAUGGAGAGCGGGGACGAAAACACUGGUGCCCAAACAAAUGGACUGGACUUUCAGAGGCAGACUGUGCAAACAACAAGCGCAAUCACCAACGCACACGCACAGGCCUUGCUCCAACAGUUGACUUUGACUCCAGCGCAGCAGCAGUUAUUGCUGCAGCAGGCUCAGGCUCAGCUCUUAGCAGCAGCGGUGCAGCAUUCAGCCGGCCAGCAGAGCAGCACUACAGGAGCCAGCAUCUCUGCCUCCGCUGCCACCCCCAUCACCCAGAUCCCCCUCUCCCAACCCAUCCAGAUCACACCUCAGUUACAGCAGCUGCAACAGCAGCAGAACCUCAACCUGCAGCAGUUUGUGUUGGUCCAGCCGGGCCACCCCAUCGCAACACAGCUGCAGCCCGCGCAGUUCAUCAUCUCGCAGACACCACAGGGCCAGCAGAGUCUCCUGCAGGCCCAGAACCUUCUAACUCAACUACCUCAAAGCCAAGCCAACCUCCUGCAGACCCAGCCAAGCAUCACACUUGCCACACAGCCUGCUACACCCACACGCACGAUAGCAGCGACCCCCAUCCAAUCCCUUCCUCACAGCCAGACAACACCAAAGCACAUCGACACACCCAGCCUGGAAGAGCCCAGCGACCUGGAGGAACUUGAGCAGUUUGCCAAGACCUUCAAACAGAGACGUAUCAAACUGGGCUUCACGCAGGGGGAUGUUGGCCUUGCCAUGGGAAAACUUUACGGAAAUGACUUCAGCCAAACCACCAUUUCUCGCUUUGAGGCCUUGAACCUGAGCUUUAAAAACAUGUGCAAACUGAAGCCUCUGCUUGAAAAAUGGCUCAAUGAUGCAGUUUGUGCAGAGAACCAGACAUCUGACCAGGCCCUGUCCAGUCCCAGCUCUCUUGGCUCGCCUGGGCUGGGCAUAGAGGGUCUAAACCGCCGCCGCAAGAAGAGGACCAGCAUUGAGACCAACAUCAGAGUGGCCUUAGAAAAGAGCUUUCUGGAGCAGAACCAAAAACCUACCUCUGAGGAGAUCACCAUGAUCGCGGACCAGCUCAACAUGGAGAAAGAGGUUAUCCGAGUAUGGUUCUGUAACCGCAGACAGAAAGAGAAGAGGAUCAACCCACCCAGCAGUGGCAGCGCCAUCAGCACUCCUAUCAAAGCAAUCUUCCCUCCCACCACAGCUCUGGUGCCGAGUACAGCGAGUCUUGUGACCAGUAACACACCGACUACGAUGACUGUAAACCCAAUUUUGCCUCUCACCAGCACUAGUGUCUCCAGCGUCGGUUUCACUGGCACAACUAUUGGCUCGGCUACCACUAACACUGCAUCGGUCAUCUCCACUGCACCUGUGAUCACCACCGCAGCAUCCUCUCCUUCGCUCAGCCCUUCUCCCACCGCAGCGCAGACGUCCUCCUCAGAGCACACUUCAGCUCAGGAGACGUUGACGGCAGUAAGUCAGGCACCUUCCUCCCUGGCGACAACUCUGGGCACUGGGCAGGUGAUGGUGGCGGCACCCAGCCUCUCAGCCGCUCUGCAAGGAGCCGCCCAGCUGCCCACCAGCGCCAGCAUCGCCGCCAUGGCUGCAGCCGCAGGCCUCAAUCCUGGGCUCAUGGCAUCGUCGCAGUUCACUCCUGGUGGAGCUCUUCUAAGUUUGGCACCCGGUGGUCUCGGAAGCGCUUUGAGUCCAGCACUGAUGAGCAACAGCACCUUGGCCACGAUCCAAGGUGUGUGGAGCGCUCUGGCGUCUAGUGGCACUCUGCCCAUUACAUCUCUGGAUGGGAGCGGGAACUUGCUGUUUGCCAACACCAGCGCUGGUAGCACCCCUAACCUCGUGACGGCACCGCUCUUUCUGAACCCUCAGAACUUGUCGCUGCUCGCCAGUAACCCGGUCAGCCUGGUGUCUGCGGGAGGGGCCGCUGGUGCCGCCGGAGCCCUCAACCUGCACAUCACCGCCGAUGCCCAUCAGAACGCUGUUACCACAGCAAAUAUGCCCGCCUCCACCAUCACCACGGCCUCUAAGGCCCAGUGAAAGCUUUACCCACUCUUCUCCUGUCCUACACCCCUCUCCUCUUUCUAAGUUUUUCUUGCUACCACCAAAAACAAACCUACUAAAUAGGAUUUAAUGUUUUAAGUUUGUACGUUCUAACUUUUCACAUAUCUUUUACAACCUAAUCUGCGAUGUUUGGACCUCAUUGAUGGGUUGACGUCAACCAAAUCAACCGUAAGCGAAUGUUGGCGUCUCCACAGAGCUUGCAUCAGGAGAGCAAAAACCUCCCUGGACAUUGUGCCAAGUCUCUGUGCGACGCAAAGACAUAUUCGUGCAGCGAACUCGCUCCUUUCUCCCAUUUUCACACGAAACCUCUUCUUCAGAGGUAUUUCUGAAAUGCUUUUAACCAAAAAAACUUUGUUUACUCUGUGUUGAAUGAUACCUUCUUACUGCUGACAGUAACCUCCUCUUCCUCACUGUAGAAAAACGUUCUGUGUCUACGAUCUCGUCUCUUUUCACUGGAGAUUCUGCUUUACAGACGUUCCGGUCCUUUUAGAUGCACAUGAUUUAUUUUUGUCAAACAAUGGGUUAGCUUUAUGUCCAGUAUCUUGUGGUUACAAGGCUUUAAAUGGAGUAAUAAGUGGCUGUGAUGCGGUUUCAUCGCUUUAAGGAAUCGUUCGACUGGCCUUCUUUCUAGUGGAACACUUUCAGAUAGUUUUCAUAUCAUGUUGUAGUAGCAAAAGACUAGUCUGGGUCUGAAUCCCAGUAACGACCCAGUAACGGGCUCACUUAAUACUAAAAGCUUUAACGAAUUACGAGAUGAUUCGUCAAGGAGGAGUUGUUCAGCGUGGGCGACGGUAACUGAGCAGUCUAUUUUGAGAGAGCGCUCACAACUCUUGCGUUAGCGUCAGGACUGCGUAACCACGUAAGGUAAACCUCCUCAAGGUCUUCCUAACAUGGGAUGUACUUACGGUAUCACCACCUGUUUGUGAAGGUGUAGGUCAAGCGAGACAAAGUCGAUGAGGUGGAUGAUGUUCAAGUUUGUUUUUGUUUUUUAGGGUCUUUGAUUUUCUACUUGUGCACAGUAUCUGUACCAAAAAACUGGAUUUGAGAACUGCAGUCUGCUUGGUUUUUAGCAGAACGUCUGUCAUGCUUUAAGAGGUCUUUAUUUCGGAGGUCUUUGUAUUGCCUCUAUUUCAAGAUAUACCAAAAAUCUUUGUUAUACCUGUUGCUGUAUAUUGCUACUGUAGCGUAGUUUAAGCCUAAAUAUUUAUGAGCGAAGGCUCUCGGUAGACCACAGGAAAUAUAAUGCAAUAUUUUGAUCUUUUCCAAAGACGAAAACAUAGGGUUUUUUUUUUUAUUUUUUUUUUUUGAGAUGGCUGUCCCUCCUCAAUUUUGUAGCGUCAGUGAGACCAACCAAAUAGACCCGAGGCGAGAGCAGGACGUGAUGCUACAGCAUAGGACCUGUUUGGGAUUGUCCCUUCUCCUGGCCAACUUUGAGAGAAAAACGGGAGAGUCGUCUUCCCAUUCUGUUUAAAUGUGGAUGUGAGUGUGUUCUUACCUGACAGGCUUUUUGAACAUUUUCCCUUCUUUGUAGUAACAAGGUGCCAGAUCCAGAAAUCAGGGCCGUCUCUAAAUUACGCAAAGCUCUUUGUUCCCCCAACCUAUAUGGUAGAGGACAUUAGCGGGCUUGAAAUAUCCGUUACAAAGGGGUGAGAACUUAAUUAAGGGGUUUUAGCCGGAUGGUCUGUUUUGUUUUUCCCUACCAAUGUAAUGCAGCCAUGAUGUAAAGCUUGAACCAAAGUCGAUUUCUCACUAGCUGCUGUGCCUGUGUGGGCCAGUGCAAUGCUGACCACACUUUCACUACUCACUACUGACAAACUUUACCAUCUCUUACACUUCUUUUAAACCCUGCUCUUUUGACUUGCAUUGUCCAGCGAAUCGUGUUCAGCUUUAUGAAGAAGUAUAGCUUCUCUAGCGCAGCGCUAACUUGCUUUAGCUCUCGAUAUCCAAGCAUUUAACGAUCCAAAGAGAAUCUUAAGGGCCUUGUGUUUAAGUGCUGUUGAGAUUUUGGGAGUCUGUGUCCUUCAUUUCGUUGUUUUAUCUUCUUGGUGAGUCUUUUGUUUUGGAUGUGAUCUCGUAGGACUCAACAUCGAUGCUGCGUUUCGACGAAUGGAUAGCAAUAGAGUCCACCAAACAGUUAAUUUAAAUCCAGAAGAACCUGUGGAGGUGCAAAAGGAUCUGAAAAGGCUUCAUAUGACAAGAAGGUGGAUUUUUAGUAUUGGUACAUUGCUUUUUUUAUUGUUGUUGUUGAUAAUGAAUGAUGGAGACAGGCAUUCUGGGAGAAUUAGAGCAUUGUUUCAUGCGUAGCGUUGCUUUUAACACUCUCACGUUUUAAAUUCUGUGACGAAGAGGUCCCCUUAAUGUUCCUUUCGUCUGUUACUGUUGCCCUGCCUGUUCAUUUUUGUUACGACUGUUUGUUAGCGACGCUUUGUGUUUUAUUGUUAAUAUGAUUUGAAAUACCUCAGCAGCACUUACAUGGAAGGUUCACUUUAAGCAAAAGACACCAGUAGUCAACUCCAGAAUGUACAAACGCUGUUUCUAACAGUUCAUUUUUUAAAAUGACCAACGUGUAAAACAAAGUAUAACAGGAAAAUCUGUACUAAUAAUAUCACAUAAGUCUACUACUGCUAUUUCAAGUACUACUACUACUACUUAAAGGGUAUGUCCAGGUUAACUUGUAAUGAAUAUUUUGUUAUCCUACUUGCCAAAGUAAAAAAAAAAAAAAGCCUUUGUCUUUGCGGCUGGGUCUUGUUGCUGCUCAUUCCGCUGGUUCUGUCCGGAAAUUUCAACGUAGCCUCUCUGGACGUGUAGAUUUAUGUGUUGUUUUGCGCAUUAGUGUCACAACCCGGCAGUCGCCGGGGACUGUGGGGAGUUACUGAUAUAUUUAUCUGAGGAAUGACUCAAAGAUUAGAGAACUUCUUUUCUAAAUUCUAUAUAUAUUCACUUAUGUAAGAUGCUCAUAUUUUAUAUUUGAACUAAUAUCUAGUUUGAAUGUAGUGUUUUUGUCAUGCUUAUUCACUAAAAGGAAAAAAAAAAACAAACAAAAAAUGACUUCAUUUAUAUUAUAGCUAUUCUAAAAAAUAAAAAAAAUACAAAAAAAAGUCAAGACCAAAAAUUGCAACCACGCCCUUGCGAUGUGGGAGUGGCUGUUGUGUGUCCCGCCCACAUUUAAAUGUGGUUUGUUUGAGUGGGAGGGGCUUGUGAUGGUGCUCCUAAAGGAAAGCGCCCAGCUUUCAUUGACACAAGCACCAAACUAUUCGUAAUUUGAUUUUGCUUUACUUUCUAUGAAUUUAAUUUGUUGCUUUUUAACAAUCUUUACCAAUCAUUUGAAUUUAUUUACUUUAUGCCUUUUUUUGUAUAUCAUGAGGGAGCAACGUCACUGGCUUUCUUAGUUUGACAAAAACUUGCAUUUAUCAUUUAUGCCUUACUAUUAUUUCAGAGUUUGACGCAUUGUAGCAAACUGUAACAUGUUGAUGUGAGAGAUGACUUCGUUUGGUUGUGAAUUCGUGUGCGUGUGCGUGUGUGAAAGAGGAUGCAACCGAGCAUGCACCAAUGUCAAAACUCACAUGGUGCAUAUCAACCAUGAAAAUAACGCUGUGAGUUUUAUUUGUGUUUUGUGAUAUUUUGGAAGUGUUGCUACCUAUUUUGUAGGUAAAAUUCAAGCCGGUUGGAUACCUGUUAAAAGCUUUACUAAUAACUCAACUCCAGCUGAUAUGUAGGGGGCGCUAGUGGUGCAUUUACUUUGAAAGAUAAAACUCUAGAGAGGUUCUGUCUGACAUCAUAUCUUAAAAGUGAGACUUUUUAGUGACACUCGUUGAUAGGAAAUAGGGCUGUCAAACGAUUAAUCGCAUACAAAAAUGUUUAUAUAGUAUAUAUGUAUGUAUUGUGUAUACUAUGUAUAUAUAAACACACAUAUUUAGAUAUAUGUGUAUAUUUAUAUAUACAUAAUACACACACACACACAUAAAUUAUGUUAACAAGCUUUCGCUUUCAAUGCGAUUAAUCACGAUUAAUCGUUUGACUGGCCUAGUAGGAAAAACAGGAUUUUUUGUUUAUAGUGGAUAUAAGGAAGCAUCACACAUCACUGGAUGCGAAGACCACUUGGCUGUAAAUGAUAUCCUUUUUUUAACCUGUGUGCUCAUGAGAUGUUUCGGAUGUGAUUUAUCUGCAGAUGUUGAACCUGGCAACAGCUUUGUUGCGGAUCCUUUUUGGCACUUGAUUUUGGCGUGUGUGGAUGCUCUGACUUGUGAUUGGAUAGUUUCUCGAUUGUAGCGGGCUUUGCCGCCGUAGACCCUCGGUCUAGUGACAAAAUAGGAUAGAUGCAGAAGAGGUCAUGCACCAGAGAGCCGAGCGAGAGCUGGUCUGAGUAAAGGAGCUGUUGUAUACCUCAUUUAUAACUCGAAACUGAGUAAAAACUUGCUUUAAUCUACUUCAAAAAAAUAAUAAUGUUCCAAAACAGAAGCCUGCAGAUGACUGUUUAAAGUUUGGAGUGAGGAACCGGAUGGAUACCCAGAAGGCCAAACAAGCUUGUGCAUAUUAGAAACCCAUCCCACUUAUUUAUAUGUUGCUUUUAAUACAAAUUUAAGUUAACAUUAUAGCUCCUUAUUAAUUUUACACCAAAGCUUUUUUAUGAUUUGACAAUCGUCGUGUUUAUAUACCCCUAACCCUUGCAGGGCUUGCGCUGUUUGUUCUUCUGGGUUUGUGGUCUGCUUGUUCCUCACCUUCUCAGUGGUAACCAAAGACUUUCAAAGUGAUUGUAUGGACUAAACUCUCUCUUCUAUAGUGCCCUGCCUCAACCAUCAGCUUGUGGUUUUAGAUCAUUGGUCACUCGUGGUCAAGUGGGCGGGGUUUAGUAGAAAGAGGAAGCUAAACACCUCUGCCGGCUUCUGGAAAGGACUUAAAGUAACCCCUCACGGGCUGGGUGAUGUUUAUUAAUACACGCUGAAGGCUGUCCUGGGCUCACUGCAACCUGCUCAGGAUAAACUGUCCUCUGGAGUCCCACUCUGUGGCUGCAGCAAGGCAACACUGUUUCUAUGAUUGUCUAUAGAAAACAUGCAACGUCUCGCCAUAGUCGUCUUUUCGGUGCUGUGGUUUCGCUGUUCUGUCGAUGUCUUUUAUCUAGCUUUGCUGUUUCCACGAUCAUGAUUUCAAUUGGUUUGAUCAGCUGUGCAACUAUGCAUCGUUGUCCUCCAUCCCGCAAGGGCGGCGUCUGUGCGACGAGGCCCUUUUCAGAUGGAUCUUAAUAGUUUUAUGCCGAGUGGAGGGUCGAAAGCAACUAUAAGCUCUAUCCCAAAGCAAAAAUAUCCAAAUAUGAAAUGUUUUACAAAUGCAGAUACCAAAGAUUGCUCUGUUCUUUUUGUUUUUUUUUUUGGUUUGUUUGUUUUUUUUUUUCCUCUUCCUUCCCAAACCCUUCAGCUUGUGUAUUAAGAAACAGAACCCAGCUCUGACAGUAGUCCUAACCUCAGUAAUUCCAAAGCUUAGAUGUAUAUUUUGGUAUUUUUCUGAGAUGCUUAUGGGGAAAAAAAACGAAGUUUGUCGUUUUUAGUUUUCUUGUUCGUUGGAUCUGUUGCUCUUUUUCUGUCACAGCAUGGAAUUUAACUGCAAAACUGUCUUACUGUAGGUUAAAGAAAUAGUAUUUUUGUAUGUUUUUGGAUGUGUCGAUGUAUGUGAUAUCAGUUUCACUGCCCAACUUAUUGUUUUUGAAACAAAAGAGAAAAAAGGUUGAGUUAAAAAAAAUGUGUACAUAAUGCGUAGGUCACUGAUUUCAAAAGAAAUCCCUCUCUAUACUCUCAUUUCCAUGUUUCCUACAGCUGAAGCUCAAGGAAUGUGUUCCAUUUUCACCCUGUCACAUACUGUAGAUUGUACUUCUGUAUCUCCCUUCAGAACGCUGUAACUCACUGUUGUAAUAGUGAUGAUUGGUUGGGUUCUGAGUAUCACUACAGACCUGAACUCUAGAGCCACUCGUGGCCUGCUAUCAAGCGAACAUAUACCCAAGACUGAACGCUAAACGGCUACAUCGCUGUAGCUUAGAACUGAAUGAUUGUGUAGAAUAUAAGUAUGUGAAUCAGGAUACAUGGUAGAUUUGAUGCAUUUGUCUGCUGUAUUUUGUUUGUUUUUUAUAUAUAUAUAUAUAUAAAGAUAAUCUUUUACUGUAACUGUACAGUUCUCUUUUGUUGUAAACAUCAUUAAACCAUUUUCCAAGUGUUUUAAUAUUCUAA